AUAUUCCACUGCAACAUAAACAGUGCGUGUACAUGGUGAAAGGUGUAGAUUGUGUGUGUCGUUUGAUUCUGUGUGCAUCAUGCAUCUCAAUGGAGCAAGCAGCAGCUGAUCUAGACGGCUUGAUUUGCUGGAUGAAGGUGGACGCUUAGUAGGACACAACAGGUUAUUGGCGUUUAUUCACGGAGAGAAAUACGAUGUCUGCGAGAGAAAGACUGAAAGGGAAGAUGAUAAAAGAGAGCGUGACACUGCUGCCAUGCUUUUAUUUCGUAGAGCUUCCUCUCCUGGUCUCAUCUAUGGUCAGUGUGUAUUUUCUGGAGUGGACGGACAUUUUCAAACCGGUCCGCUGGGGUUUCAGCUGUCACGACCGCAGUCUGAGUCUGCCUUAUAUCGAACCCACACAUGAGGUCAUCCCCUUCCUCAUGCUCCUCAGCCUCACUUUCGCAGCUCCUGCUAUUACGAUCAUGAUCGGAGAGGGGAUUCUGUUCUGCUGUCUGUCCCGAGCGCAGUGCAGAGGAGGAGCUGAAGCCGAUAUCAACGCCGCCGGCUGCAACUUUAACUCUUUCGUCCGGCGAGGUGUCAGGUUUGUGGGCGUUCAUGUGUUUGGUUUAUGCGCCACGGCUUUGAUUACCGACAUCAUCCAGUUGUCGACAGGUUACCCCACCCCCUACUUCCUGACUGUCUGCAAGCCCAACUACACUCACCUCAAUACCUCCUGUGACGAAAGUUUCUUCAUCCUGGAGGACAUCUGCUCAGGAUCUGACGCCGCUGUCAUCAACGCUGGCAGAAAAUCCUUCCCAUCACAGCAUGCAACGCUGGCAUCCUUUGCUGCCGUGUAUGUCUCGAUGUAUUUCAACAGCACGCUAACAGACUCAUCCAAACUGCUGAAGCCUCUUCUGGUGUUCUCCUUCAUCAUCUCUGCCAUCAUAUGUGGCCUAACCCGCAUUAUUCAGCACAAGAACCACGCUAUUGAUGUUUACCUGGGCUUCCUGCUAGGAGGGGGCAUCGCUGUUUAUCUAGGUUUGUUUGCUGUAGGAAACUUCCAACCGAGCAAGGAGAAACAGACAAGUCAGCUUCACAUUCGCGAUUCUCAUCGAACUAUGGCUGACCUUUGCCAGCAAGGUCACCACCUACCUGCCAAGAGCUGCAGUGGCAGCGAUGGUCUCUCAUCUUCCUGCUCCGAGGGCAUCCUGCAUCGCAACACCCAACACCACCAGGCUGGAUCUCUUAGCAGCCUGAAAAGACCAAGUGGAGAUGUGGAGGUCAUCACCUGCAGUCCUCCACACAAGGAGAACAUGGUGACCUUCAACACCUUGCCCAGAGUGCAUAUGUCUGCCAUGGACGAGUCUGCUUUCCGCAACGCCACUAUCCACACCUCCUCGGUAGAUUCGAGUCGAUCGAAGCAGCUGCUGAUGCAAUGGAAGAGUAAGAACGAGAACCAUAAACACUCCCUGCAUGCCAUGGAAGGCGGACCAGGACUGUCCCCUCCAAACAGCAUGGAUGUCCGCUGCAAUUCCGAACCCUUUUCUGUGGGAAUCAACGGUGAACAUCAGGGACCUGGAACCCCAUACCUAAAAAUGGCCACUGGAAGUACAACACUACCAAGCAACCCCAGUGGAAUUGCUGGCGGUGCUCGGAUACCCAUGCAGUCUCGGCCUGGUUCCUCGCAGUUGGUGCACAUCCCAGAGGAGACACAGGAGAACAUGGGUGGCUUGCCAAAUACCAGUAAUGCCCGUGACAAAUGGCUUAAAAGCAUAGAGAAGACUGGGGAGAAGGGUGGGGAGGUACCGGUGAUUAGGACUAACUCUAAUGGCCAGCCGCGCAUCAUGCAGGUCAUUGCAAUGUCCAAGCAGCAAGGUCUCCUGCAGGGGAGCUCUCCCAGUUCUGAGAGCAGCAGCCACACCAGCUCCACUGCACCUCUGCAGCGCUACAAGAGCCUAACUGAGGAGUCUGGAGGUCAAGGCAGCACUGGAGCCAUCAUUCGGGUGGAAGCCCAUCCAGAGAACGGCCGACCCCUGGUGCAUGCGCACUCCACGGAUGGAAGUGGCUCCUGGACAUGGAAGUCCCAAAGCAGCCUCAGACAGUCAUUUGAGCUCAAUGACUUGAAUCGAGACUCGGAGAGCUCAGAAUUCGUGAGGGAUGGGAACAGUUCUACGGACAGAAAGAAGAAUGGCUCUAAUGCUCCUAAAGUCGUCGCAGUGCCAACUGUCCCUACUUUAUCUACAGCAGGUAGUGACCACCAUCCCAACCAGACCAUUUCCACCAUCCGGGUCACUCCCAUGGAAAUGACUGAAUCUGGUCCAGAGAGUCGCGAUUCGAGCUUGCGCAGAAAAACCAGGAUCCUUAUCCCUGAAAGAGGAAACAGUCCAGACAAUACCAGGAAUAUUUUUUACAAGGGAACAUCCACCACCCCAGUUUUCAAAGAGUAGUCAGUAAUUAUCUUGACACAAACAAAAAAAUGAAGAAACCAGAAGAGGUUGGGUGUUGUGUAGACACAUAUGCUAUGUUUUACACAUCUCCAAUGG